AUGGAGUUGUCCUACUACAGGGUUACUAUAGAAAACGUCACUUUCCACCAUGAGGGAUUCUUCUGGAGAUGUUGGUUUAAUGGGAUUGUGGGAGAGAAUGAUUCCAAUAUCUGGCAGUUCUGGUACACCAAUCAGCCCCCAUGGAAGAACUGCACCCACGCUUACCUGUCGCCAUACCCCUUCCUGAGAGGCGAGCACAACUCCACCUCCUAUGACUCUGCAGUGAUUUACCGUGGCUUCUGGGCGGUCCUGAUGCUGCUGGGGGUGGUCGCCGUGGUGACUGCAAGCUUUCUGAUCAUCUGCGCAGCACCCUUCACCAGCCACCUUCUCUACAAAGCCGGGGGAGGCGCCUACAUCGCCGCAGGCGUCCUGUUUUCCCUGGUGAUGAUGCUGUAUGUCAUCUGGGUCCAGGCGGUGGCUGACAUGGAAAGCUACAGACACGUGAAAAUGAGAUACUGCUCAGACUUCAGCCCCUCUGUGCUGUACGGCUGGUCCUUUUUCCUGGCCCCGGCGGGGAUUUUUUUCUCCCUGCUGGCUGGAUUACUGUUUCUGCUUGUUGGACGGCACAUUCAGAUACAUCACUAGUCAGACUGCUGCCUUCAGUGUCUCCUUGAAUGAUUUUAAAACAGAGCUUUUUUUUUUUUUUUUUUUCUUUUCCAUUUUGUCUCCAUGAUCCUGGCAUAGAGUGAGGUGAUGUAACUUGUUACUUGCUAUUUGAAUUAGCCAUUGUGAUUUUCUCUCAUAGGAGGGUCUUAGAAUCUCUCCACGUGCUUCAGUCCUGUCUAAGUGCCCUCAGGAACCUAGUUUGCAGGUAACAUGGGCCUCAUCCCUUUCACCAUACUUGUUGGAGUUUGCAGGUAACAAAGGCCUGAAAGUGCAAAAUACCAUCACCAGGGGCAAAUCAUGAUUUGAUUUAAGUCUCCUUCACAUUCACUUCUGCUGCUCUUAAGAAAAAUUAUUGGGAGAGUAAUUACUUCUCUCUGUACGUAAAUAUCCACAUACACAGGUACCAGCUUCUGUGAGCAGAUUAUUCACCACUUAAAAAUAGAUCAAAGUUGCUCCCUUAGCAGGAGCCACACAAACUCAUCAGUUAGAAUGGGCCCCCACAAAACCAACCUGUAUUUAAUUCUGCUUUCUUAAGCAAAAUUAAGUUUGGUUAUGUUAAGUUAUUCACUUAAUUGUGCAUGCUUAUAUAAAUCUUAAGCUAUAUUUAAAAGAAGCAAAUCUCUAUACCAAAUCACAGAUAAUGCAGAUUGGAUUUUUGUGAACUGAAAGUGGCUUAAUUGUAUAUGGAAUAUGGUUGAAAGUAUGUAAAAACUAAGCGCCUGUGCUUUGUACAUAAUUCUAUUUGAUAUUUUAAAAUUUCCAGCUAAAAAUUAUAUUGCUAAUCUGUCCAGCAUGUGAAGAUUUACUGAUGACAUGUGUUUUUAAUAUGCACU